GCGCGUGCGCAGGCGGCGGGCGGCGCGGGGCGGCUCCGGGAGACUCCGGGAACUCCGGGAGGCAGAGCGGCUGGUGCGGUGCGGUGGGCUCCAGCGGCGGCUCUGCGGGACCGGGGCCACGCUCCACCUGCGCCGCACCUCCUGGCGCCCGGCUCGCGGCGCUCACGGUUUGCUCUGAGGCCACAUUAAUGAGACACAUGGAGUCACCUUUGACAACAUCACCUGGGAGAGACUGAUGUCUUUGUCCUUAAAAAGCCACGUGGACCACAAAUAGCGGAGGAGCCGAGUGCCAAUGCUGCGCCUUUUAGUAUCAUCGAUAUGUUUGUUAAAGCGUCAAGACAGAGGAUUUGUGCAUGAAGAAAACAAUUUGUUCAUUAGUGUUAUUUUUAGCAGCUUUUAAAAACGCUCAUCUUACUGUGUACACCGCUCCUACAGCAUCUAAGACGUAAAAGUCUCCACCUUGUCCAAGCAGCUUUCCUUUUGUUCCCGGGAACUUCAUCAGCUGACCUGGUUCCUGCGCAUCCAGGUCUUCAGAGGUUCUGCACCAGGGAGACAUGGACUUGGGGGCUCAGGCUGCACUGCGGGGCUGCAGUGGGCUUCAGCGGACGGUUCGAGACGUCGCUCAUCGCCCUCAGAGCCCUCGCCUGCGUGUGUGGGUCCUGGCGUCGGUGCAGACCGUGGCCUGAGCAUGGCCUGGGUGAAGUUCCUGCGGAAGCCUGGGGGCAGCCUUGGGAGAGCCUACCAGCCGGGCAGCACACUGUCACUGGCACCCACCAAGGGCCUGCUGAACGAGCCUGGGCAGAACAGCUGCUUCCUCAACAGCGCUGUCCAGGUCUUGUGGCAGUUGGACAUAUUCCGACGAAGCUUACGGGUUCUGACCGGACAUGUUUGUCAGGGAGAAGCCUGCAUAUUUUGUGCACUGAAGACGAUGUUCGCGCAGUUUCAGCACAGCCGGGAGAAAGCCCUGCCCUCCGACAACGUCAGGCAUGCGCUUGCAGAGAGCUUCCGCGAUGCCCAGCGCUUCCAGCUGGGCCUCAUGGACGAUGCCGCCGAGUGCUUCGAGAACAUCCUGGAGCGGAUCCACUUCCACCUGGUGCCGAGCAGAGACGCAGACAUGUGCACCUCCAGGUCCUGCAUAGCCCACCAGAAGUUCGCCAUGACCCUGUAUGAGCAGUGCGUGUGCCGCAGCUGCGGAGCCUCUUCAGAUCCUCUGCCUUUCACGGAGUUCGUGCGGUACAUCUCCACCACAGCCCUCUGCAAUGAAGUUGAGAGAAUGCUGGAGAGGCACGAACGCUUCAGGCCUGAAAUGUUUGCGGAACUGCUGCAAGCAGCCAACACAGCCGGCGACUACAGGAAGUGCCCCAGCAAUUGUGGCCAAAAAAUAAAAAUCCGCCGUGUUUUAAUGAACUGCCCAGAGAUUGUCACGAUCGGUUUGGUCUGGGACUCAGAGCAUUCAGACCUGACUGAGGACGUCGUCCGGAACCUAGCAACACACCUCUAUCUUCCUGGGCUGUUCUACAGGGUCACUGACGAGAGUGCCCGGAGCAGUGAGCUGCACCUGGUGGGCCUGAUCUGCUACGCCAGCCGGCACUACUGUGCCUUCGCCUUCCACACCAAGAGCUCCAAGUGGGUGUUCUUUGAUGAUGCGAAUGUGAAAGAGGUUGGAGCUAGGUGGAAAGACGUGGUCUCCAAAUGCACCCGGGGUCACUUCCAGCCGCUGCUCUUGUUUUACGCCAACCCAGAAGGCACGGCAGUUUCCACUGAAGAUGCUCUCAGGCAGGUGGUCACCUGGUCACAUUGCAAAUCUGUUGCAGAAAAUAUGGGAUGUGAAAAGUCUACAAUUCGUAAGUCAGCUAGUUGCAAAGAAAAUGAGUGUACCGAUCACGGUCACGGAGAACUGAGAGGAGGUCAGAACCCUCAGAGUGAGGUGUCGUCAUUUAAUCGGAGCCCCGUUCAAGCAAGCGGAGGGAGAGGAGCAGUUAAGCUAAGCCAUGGUGAUCAAAGGGAAAAGGUAAAAGACCUCUCCAGAGAAUGUGCUCUGAGAGCCGUCCAGCAGAGGAGCUUGCUUUCUGCCCAGUGGAAAGCUCUCGAGCAGGCACAGAGGAAGGACACGGCCCGGCACCGAGGUAUGUCUGACGAGGAGCUCUCACAUGUCAAGCCUGGGUCACCACCUGCCUCCAGUGACUUCAGGCGACAGGGCAGCGCUCAGCUCUGCCACAGUCAAGGGAAGGAGCCCUGUAGACAGGAGCGAGCGGCCUCUCAGAGUCGAGCUGCUGGGCAGACAGCGAGUCCCAGCAAGUCCCAGGCGCCUGUUCCAGGAGAGAGAACAGCCAGCAAGGUCAGCGGUGCUGGGUGUGGCCCAGACAGCAGCCAGAGCUCUCGGGACAGACAUGGUGGCCGGAGCCGGGGCCGAGGGUGGAGGCCCCUGAGGGAGGCCCUGAAUGUGGACAGCGUUUUCAGUGACAGUGGGAAGAGGCAGCACAGCCCACGGCGCAAGGCGGACAUCAGCCAUGGACCCCAGGGGGGCCAGGAGCAGACCUGUGGCAGUUGGUCCAAGCAGAGCACAGAGCAGAAAGGGCUGGUGACCAUCUUCGAGGACGAAGGGAAGCUGGAGACGGGAAGCAGAAGCUCCCUGGACUCUGGCGGGAAGGGAGCAGAGAGCAGGGCAGGCCCUGUGGAGCGCGGGGUUCCUGGUGACGGCUGGCAGGUGCAGAGGACCGAGUCUGGGUAUGAAAGCAGCGACCACGUCAGCAACGGGUCUGCCAGCCUGGACGCGGCAGCUGCCGACGGGGGUGGCCCAGCCGUGGCCAGCGGUGCUGCUGCUGAAGCAGGGACUUGCAGUGACCAGAUCACGAGGAGCAGCCCACAGGCAGGGCAUGCGGACUGUACCUCCCAUCAGAGCAAACGGCACGCAGAAGAUUUUAGAAGAGAACGUAAGGACUUGGAAGCAGGCUGUAAAUCCCGUGAGCUCCACCCAGGACCACAUCUGCAAGUAAAAAGUCAUUUGGUGAAAAGGCCACAUGCCCGUGAAACCAGUGGAAACUGCCUUCCUUCACCUGGCCCCCAAAUACUCAAGGACCACACUGAGCACACCCACCAGUCAGGUCAUCGGGAAUCUGAAAAACCGAAUGGAGGCCGCUUGUCUGAGUGGCUUAGUAGAGAACAUUCUGAGAGGGCAGCUUUGCCCUUUCACCUCGGUGACAGUUCGCCUGGAAAGAGAGUGAACAGUAGUGAAGUGGCCUCCCUGUCUUCAUCCUGUUCUGCACGUUCCAGGGCUGUCGGCCCAAAGCCGGACGCUGUUCCGCAGCAGACCAGGAUAGAGCCAUGCUACUAUGAGAACUCUCCUUCCACGGGACAUGUGGCUCAGCCAGCCUGCCGAUGUGAUGGUUGCCAGGGGCCAGAACUUCUUUGUCAGCUUCUGCCACCCGCAUUGCCGCCAAAGAAACAUGCUGUUACUAGUGUGCCACAGUCGGAGAGGAGUGAGUCUGUGCCUGACGUCAGACUUUCAGGGGUGAUCAGUGGUCCCCCGAGGCCAAGCGCAGUGUCGGAGCCAGGUUCAGAACUCAGUACACAUGCGGACCACCUGAGAUGCAGAGAGACCCUUCAAGUGAAGAUGCGCACGGGCAGCAGAGCCCCCUGCCUGUUCAACACUGCAGCUUGUGGGUUUCGGGCAAACUCAACUACAGUUGCUGAUGCACUCUGCCAGCCAGAACUGGACUCUAGUUCUCCGUGCCCAAGUGAGACCGUCUCAUUAACUACCUAUUUUUCAGUUGACAGCUGCAUGACUGAUACGUACAGACUGAAAUACCAUCAGAGGCCCAAGCUCUGCUUUCCAGAGAAGACUGGCUCUUGUCACAGCCGUUCACCAACUCAGAGUGAUAGAAGCGUAGGACCUGUCACAUGAUGGCCUUGGCCCACCCUGUCCUUCCACAAGUCCAGCAUGCAGUGUAGCAGGUACAUGAUGGAGUCCACCAGCUUAUUCUUAGAGGCCAUGAAGAUAUUCCUAGUGACCAAGAAAAUCAAAUCUGUGGCAUUUUAAAAAUCAUAUAUAUACAUACACACACACAAAUGAAUAUAAUGUUAAAAUGUUUUGCUCUAUAAUGAUCAAUUAUUGGGUAUUUUGGAAAUUCACUUUGAAUAUCGUGGCAUGCCUUGAAAAAUAGCAAGUCAGGGAAUAUAUAAUACUAUUUGCCAUAUAUAACAGUUGAAUAAAAAUUAGAUUUGUCCCCGUCUAACAUGGCUAGUAGACCCAUAGUAUCAAACUGACCAGUUCCACGGGAACUGCCCGUCUGCAUGCCAGCAGCACAUGAGUUGUCAGGUCAAAGCAGAGUCUGCCUUUAAGAGCACUUUUUGAUGGUAGCCUAAAGGUUUCAUCAGUUUGUUCCCGAUUUCUUCCACGCCUGGGCCCUUCAAGUGUCUUAAAAAAAAAAAAAAAAUGACCUUGAGUUUUGUAGAAUCUUGGGGAAAAUUGCCUUAAUGAUUAACACUUUUUAAAAUUUCAAGGUCAGGACUAAUUUUUCUCCUAGAACAUAUAUCUUCAGAGUAUCUGGCUAACGUAAAUAGGCCUUUAACCAUUAUAUGUGUUCGUAAAUAUUAGCCACGAGCUGAGAAGUCAAAAGUGUGAACUUAAGUAUAUUUAUUUAUCUUGUUACUUUUUUUUUUUUUUCUUUCUGAUUUUACGUGAAAUGUGAAAGACUUUUAUUUUGGUUACAUUUGCUUUGGGCUGCUAAUAACCAAUGUUAGGAAUUAACCUUGAGUCCUCUUAAUUGGGACUGUCAAACUGCCCAGGUUCUCUCUGCUCCAGUCUUACACUCCUAGGUUGUCAACUCAUUUUACUACGCAGGCUUCCAGGUUAACGUUGUCUUCCAUAUAGAGGGUUUAAUUUUAAUGAAAUGGGUAUCUAAUUUGGGCACCCUUCCAAAAAUUUUUUCUUUCUCAGAUCAUUUUACCCCGGCUACCUUCAUGGAAAGGGCUUUCUUUAAAACUCAUAGGGAUUUUCAUAUGGUGAACUUAGGAGCGAGAACAACUCCCUUAUCUCCUUAGUUGUCAGUUUAUUUUAUACUAAGCUGAUAACCUGAUUGGGAUUGAGAAUAGUUUUAUAGUGUCUAUUCCAGAGAAUUGAGAAUUUAUGAUUCAGUAAACUAAGAAGUUUAAUAUCUUGGCCAAUUCCAUAAAUUGUGUUAAAUUUUUCCAAAAUGUUAAGUGGUUAAAAUGAAUACUUUUAGAUAAUUGAUUAUAAAAGCUAACCCUAGCCCUUUGACUUUGGCCACCAAGACUGUCUUCUGCCUAUAGAGAACUUCUCACCAUCCUUUUUUACCUUUUUAUAUGCUCUCAAUUUAGAAAUAGUUGAAUAUCAACUCAAAUUUUUAUCAUCUUUUAAGAAAACUUUUAAGUUUUUAUAAUGGAAGGUUUGUAAGUAAUGUAAGGUUUAUAGAACUGUAUCUGAAAUGUCAGUGUUUUUCAUUGCUGCUCUGAUAAUGUAAAGUACUAAAGAUGGGGGCUUCAAGUAUUUUUUAAUAGCUUUCAAAAACUGUGUGGGCUCGUAUUAACUUCUAUUUGGUCAAGAUGUUCAGUUUGAAAUAUAUUAACUGAAACAUUUACACUAAUUUCUGAUUUUAUAAGUUAAAUGUACCUUUUCAACAUCCGGUUUAGUUGCAAACAUUAAAUAGCAGUAUCCAAUUUUGCCUUUUAACCUACUAUUCAUUUUUUAAGAAACUUCCCCAUUUGGUACUAAACAAAUCAGAAACCAUUUGGUUUUGUUGAUUCAGCACUCCAAGUAGAUUCAAAACAUACAUACUAUCUAAUCAUUCCCCUGUAAAGUCUCUACUUCUGAGGUGCCUGUUAAUAUUUUUAUAUUUUCAUGUUAUAACUUUUUAUAAUACAGGCAAGCAUUAUUGAAAUGUUUAAAAUACUUGUCUUCAGAAUUAUAUUUUCAUGUAAAAUCAUUUUCUUUUGGUUCAAAAGUUUUUAAGAUAAAGUGUUUUAAGUUAACAUGGUUGAAUUUUGCAUUGGUGAAUUGUCUCUCCCCACUCCCCUUCCCGUGCGUCCUGUUUAAGGGAAAUGGAAGUCAAUUUAAAGCUCAAGGGUGCUUGGAAUCACUGCUCAUGUCACCCCAGGUGUUCCUGAUUAAACCUGUCCAGUCUAGAGUGCAGUGCCAGAGCGACAGCAGACUUCCUAGAGCCAGGCAGUGAAGGACAGAGGCUCUGGGUAGCAGCUGGUCUCACUGUGCAGCCCGGGGCUCUUGCAGUGACAGGGAGCACAGAUGGCAUGCACAGGGAAGGGCUUGCUGCUCCAAUCAGCCCCAACCCUGGAAUUGGACUGCUGGUUUUGCUGUGGAAGCCUUUGAUUCCUCUCAUUUUGAAAGGUAAAAGCCAUUCUUAGCUUAGAGGCUAAAAAAACAUAAAAACAGGUAGUGAGCCCGAUUUGGCCCACUGGCCCUGGUUUACCUCGUCUUUGAGCACCACCUACAUUACAUACCCUCACUGACCAUAGACAUCUGGGGUUUCCAAAUGCAAUUCCAUACCUUCUAGGGUCAUUUGGUACUUUUUUUUUUUUAUUGUUGAUGGACCUUAGUUUUUUUUUUUUUUUAAAUUCAUAUAUGGUGCUAAAAAUGGAACCCAGUGUCGAACCCAGGGCCUCACACAUGCCAGGUAAGUGCACUACCACUGAGCCCUAGCCCCAGCCCUUGGUGCUCUCUAUAUGCUGAAAUUUUCAGGUGCAGACACCCUUUUUUUUGGUAGAUGGACACAACACAAUGCCUUUAUUUUUACGUGGUGCUGAGAAUCAAACCCAGGUCCUGCCAGUGCUAGGAGAGCGCUCUACCACUGAGCCACAAUCCCAGCUCAGGUAAAGAGACCCUUAAAACUGUCCUUACAACUGCUAAGCCAAUUCAUUUCAAGUAGUACUUUAAACCUCAUUUUACUUCCAUGAAAUCAAAAGUGAGUUUGCAAAUGAACUGAUGUCUUUUUGUUGUAGCAAGUUUCCAACUUUUUAUGGCAUUCCAUUUAUACAGUUCAGAAGCCUCCAAAGUAUGGGCACUAUGAGCAGUUUGGUGGUGGGUAUGGUUUCUUACUCAUCUGAGUAGGAUCCAGGCCCUCAUGCUGCCACCAUUUAGUCAUGUAAUACAUCAGCACAUUAGUGAAGUUUUUCCAGAGAAAAGAACAGCAUAUAUAGAAACUUAGUAUGAGGGAUUGGCUCAUGUGAUUAUUGAGGCUCAGAAGUCCCAUGGCCUUGCCCACGGCAAACCAGAGGCCCAGGAAAAGCACUGGUGUCCAAGUCUGCCCAGGUACCAGGAGUACUGAUGUUGUGGUUCACCCCUCCUCUGCCUUUCUAGUGCUCCAGCCCUCAUGGGAUUGGAUGAUGCUCUGUACACUGGGAGAAAAUCUUUCUUUGCUCUGUUGGUUCAAAUGCUGAUCUCCUUCAGAAACAUCUCUUUGGACAUACCCAGGAACAGUGUCUUACCAGCUUUCUCGGAUCCUUAGCUCAAACUGACACACAAAAGAUUAGCCAUCACAUUGUAAGAUUUUUCCAUCUUGGCUAUGCUAGAAAUUUUCAGAACAUGUGAAAGUAGGCUGAUUUUAGGCUCAGAAAGGUGGUAGGGAUGAUGAUUACAAGUCUGUGGGUGCUCUAACAGUAAGCUACAUAAGAACUAUUAAACUUUUUAUAACCUUACCACCAGAUAAUUUGCUGAGAAAAAACCAAUUCAGCUAUGUAAGUAAAUGUUUAUUAGAUAAAAUUGUUAGCAGCAGAAAAGCAGGUCAUAAUCAUUUAUUACACUCAGUACAAUCUCCUUUUUUGUUCCUCCUGAUGCUUCAACCACACCUUCCACAGAAUGCUCUCUGUGCAGAGCAACAAUACCCUGAAGGCAUAACUAAGAGUCACCAGGCCAACUGAUCAUCCAAGGGCAACUCCAGGCCUGACCCUGACCCUGAGCACCCUUCUGAAAGGCAGAGGAUGCAGAAUUCCCUGGAUCUUACGCCUUGAUCACAGGGAGGGGACUACUUCACACAGUUCACAUCUGCCAAAUCCUGUGAUCUGUGAUCUUUCUGAUGAAAUGCCCGCUGAGCACCCCAGAUCAGUAAAAUAAUUGGAUUUAAAUAACAAUUAGAUUUGAGUUUAAUACCAAUUAGAUUUUUAAAAAGAACAGCAAAGACAGAACAAUCUCUACAAAGGAAAGAAUUUCUGCCUGGCCUAGAGCUAUGUUUAAAAUGCUGCGGCCAAAGAGGAGGGCUCUGUAGGAUGAGUAAAUAUCACACUGUCAGCGGAGGUAUUCAAGUAAGUUACAAGCAUUAUGAAAGCAAAUGUUUUGGACACAAGCAUACCUUAUACAAUAAUUAAAAAAAAAAAAAAAAAAACAAAA